UAAAUCCUACCCCUGACCCCGGCCUCUGUUACCCAAUCAGGGAAAUCAGAUGGUCAUUAGGCUCCGCCCCCCGCUGCAUGGCUCCGUCUCCUCUUCCUCCUCCUUCGACGCCCCCCACCCCCCUCCUCUUCCUCCUCUGGUCGGCCCAGCUAUCUUUCACCCCAUAUAGACCCCGUUCUGGAAGCGACGCAGUGCGGACAAACCGACUAAUAAAAUGGCAUCAGGUGUCACAGUGAAUGAUGAAGUCAUCAGGGUGUUUAACGACAUGAAGGUGAGAAAGUCUUCAACCCAGGACGAGGUGAAGAAGAGGAAGAAGGCUGUGCUGUUCUGUCUGAGCGAGGACAGAAAGAAGAUCAUUGUGGAGGAGGGAAAGCAGAUCCUUGUGGGAGACAUUGGAGAGACUGUGGAUGACCCUUACGCCUGCUUUGUCAAGCUCCUCCCCCUCAAUGACUGUAGAUAUGGCCUUUAUGAUGCCACCUACGAAACCAAGGAGUCCAAGAAAGAGGACCUGGUCUUCAUCUUCUGGGCCCCCGAGAGCGCUCCACUGAAGAGCAAGAUGAUCUACGCAAGCUCCAAAGAUGCCAUCAAGAAGAAGUUUACAGGUAUCAAACACGAGUGGCAGGUGAACGGGCUGGAUGACAUCCAGGACCGCCGGACGCUGGCUGAGAAGCUGGGCGGGAACGUGGUGGUGUCUCUGGAGGGUAAGCCGCUGUGAUGUCACAGUGGCGAGCUGAGCAGAGUCAAGCCAACCGCCGUGCCAUCAGGACCGAAACAACCACCGCCACCUGUACGCCACUUCACCCAGCAGCUUGCUCUGUCUGUUCCACGUCCUGAGGGUGUUAGCGUCUUUAGGCCUCGUUUUCUGUUAUCUUUGUUUUUUUUGCUUCUUUUUCAAACAUGGAGAUCUCAUUAACAUUAUGAUAUGCAAACACCUCCCAGUUUGUUGCUGUGUGACGUGUGCUCACCUGGCAUGAACAAACCCAAAACACCAACACUACCAAACCCCAGGAAGCUGUCUCUCUCUCUCUCUCACUCUCACUCACAGCCAGAGUUUUGCCAAAAAGUUGAUAUGAAGGAAGCAGCCCUGUUUCGGAGAAGAGCGCCAUGAAGCCCCGCCUCCUGCUGCACACGGGUCGCACUCAUCAAGCGUUUUACAGAUGACUUUAUUUAUUAUUGUAAACUGUUAUUUCCUCUCCGGGACCCUCAGCCUGGCAGAUGUGUCGUGUUAGACUAUGCAUUCACAAGUUUAUUGUUCAGCACUUUUUUUGUUGAAACACUACAGGUCCAGACGCUAAAGAUCCCUCAUCAGGUCUUUUCCCCUCUGUUCUCCUCGCUGGACUCAACAUCAUUCUAGCUGUUCGGCCAUGGCCUUACCUUUAAGUUUCAGGUCUGAAUGUAAUAAUGUACUUUUGAUUUGUAAGAAGCACUACAGGAAGCAGGUUUGACCCCAUCAGUGAGAGAUUACCCCACAACAACAUCUGGAGCCUUAAAGUUGAACAUUGUUUCUGAGAUCACCGAAUGCCACUUUGCAAUAAAAGCCCGUGGCAAUUCUGGA